AUGGGAAGGUCUAGGUUCCCCGGGAAACCGCUAAAAUUCCAGAAUAGAAAACGUAUCAGUGUCCUAUCGGGUGCCGUCUAUCAUGAAACUACACCAGAGAAUCACUCGGCCAGCCGUGGCUCGACUGCCAAUGAUUUUACUGGGGAGAAAGAGGAAGAAGAGAAGAAGGAGAAUAAUAGUGAGAAUGAAGCAAACAUAGCCAUUGAAAAUAAAGUAACCAAUAGUAUUGUUAAAAAUAAACAAGAUAACUUGGAUAACACUACUACUGAUUCCUCUAAAUCACCUGUACGGACAAGAUCACAAAUUAAAAUGGAUAUUCCUAAAAAUGACAAACCUAAACCAGCAAAGAAAACAGUGACAUUUGGUACAGUAGAAAGUUGUGAAGACAUAUUCUUGCCACUUAAAAAGGUCCCAAUCAAACAUCAUGCACCAUUGGUUUCUAUAAUUAAAAAGAAAUCCUCUCUUAAGCAAACUGAAUAUUCAACAUUUAAUAGCAUUCUCAAACCUGCAAAGUUAACUGACUUGAGUUCUAAAUCAUCUUUAGAGCACCAAGAAGGAUAUUUAAGAAGGAAUCUGAAUCCCCUCUCCAAAUCUACAAAUAAAUUCUCUCAAUUUAGUGACACAAGAAGUACAUCGCCACCACCAAGAAAUGUAUCACCAAUAGAUAAAGAUAGUAGCAACAGUACAAAAUUUGUGUUGCCAACAAGAAGUAGUCAUUCAUCAAGGGUGAUUAAACCCAAUAAAAAAUUUAUUGAUGGUGAUGAACAGACAAUAGUUUCAAGUAGCCUGUCAUCAGGUAAAGUCCUUAAAAAACCAAAAUUAAAAAGACUUGUCUUUAACAACUUACAUGAUGACGAAGAUAGUCUGGAAGAAGAAGAGUCAGAGAAACCUAAUGAUACUGAAAAGACUAAAGAUAAGCCCAUACUACAAUCCAGUCUUUUUAAAGAUAAAACAUCAACUACCUCCUUUUCUAAUCUGACUAAUACCAGUUCCAGAAAAGUGGUGCGAGAUUUCUUUUCAUAUGAAAAAGAACAAGAAUACUCUCAAGAUGAAAAUUCUAAUGUUGAAAGUUUAGAAAAGAUUAAAUCACCAGAGCCAAAUAAGGAAGAUAGGUCUGGACAUGCUAUGAGAAAGCUUAUGGAUAUUUCUGAUGCAAGUAGUUCAACCAGUAGUAGUGGUUCUGAAUCUGAGGAGAGCUGGGAAAGUGAAAGUUUAGAGGGGAGCGGUGAAGAAGGUGAUAGACAGCCUCCUGCUAGCCCUGAAAAGGAUAAAACAUCAGCGUCUCAGUUACUUAGCGGGAAAGUGAUUAUUAGAGAGGCCAGAUUACAACUGACUACUCCAGCACCAUCUACAACAGGUCUUGAUGGACCAUUUUCGGCUCUAACAACAGUUUCUUCUAAUAAUCCUCCUGCAACAGUUACAUGUGGGGUGUGUGGUGCAGUGCGGUUUUAUAGAUUUGUUCGUCAGGCUCGAAAAUUUGGCAUCUAUUCUUGUGAAUCCUGUCGCAAGUUUAUUUCAAAAUUACUAAAGAAAGACAAAAUGGUUUUACGAACCCAGCCUGUGAUUACUCACUGUGUAAGAGGGGAAGGAAAUUGUCAUGUACCACCUGUAGUCAGAUCACAACAAUGGAAAUUACUGAAGUGUACUAAUAAAUCUCGAUGUCCUGCAUGUUGGUUAAAGCUGUGUUUAAAGGCUUUCCAAGUGCCACCACAUAUAAGGGCUACUCUAACUGCAAUGUUGCCAUCUUAUAUGAGAAGUGGGUCUAAACCCUCUGGAACUUUAGCUCAAACUCAUCCUCUGAGGAUAGGUUCGAGCAAUACUUCUACUACUCAGUCAACAUUCAGUUCAUUAGUUCCUGAAAGUGAUAACAACAUUUUUGCUAUAAAAACUACAAAGAAACCUGAAGAAGUUGAAAAAAUUGAAGACAAGGAUAUAAAACAACAAAAAGAUCAAGUAAAUGAUGAGCCUAAUGAGGAAUUCGGCAGUAGUAGAAAACGUCGUAUAACACGAAUUAAAGUGCGAAAGAAAGAUAAGGGUGAAUCUAAGCAUGCAGAAGAUCCGAAACGCCAGAAAAUGGAACUUAAAGGGCCUAGGGUCAAGCAUGUGUGCAGAAGUGCAUCUAUUGUACUUGGUCAGCCAAUUGCAACAUUCCCGACUCAAGAGGAGAAAGAAAAAGACAAAGCACUGCACUCUGAUGAUGAUACUGCUUUGCCUAUUGAUGAAAAAGAUAGAGUCACUCCAGAUAUGUCCAGCUGCGAUUCUGAGUUUGAUACUGAAAAUAAGCCUUUGCAAAUAGUCCCAGAAGCUAAUAUGAAGGAUAGUGACCAAGAAAUCCAAGCAGAAUCCAAAAAGCGAAAGAUAGAUGCAAUAAUUGUGGCUAAGCCUCAAAAUAAAAAUGAUUCAAGUGAAGAUGAAACUAUUAUGGAUUUGGUUCCUAAGAAGACAACACUAAAACCACUGACAAAUAUUACUAAUGUGCGCGGCCGUGCUCAAAAAUGUGGUCAGAAUCGCCCUGAAUUGAUUUGUGUCGAUUUUUGGGAAAGUUAUGAUCCAGAUGAAGUCUGCAACUCUGGUUUUGGUCUUAUUGGCACUAUUCCUUUUACCUUGGCAAAACUAUGCUUUUUAUGUGGAAGUGCAGGCAGGGAGAAGAUGCUAGUGUGCGGCAGUUGCUGCGAGUGGUACCACGUGUGGUGCGCGGAGGAGGCGGGCGGCGGCGGUGAGUGGACGUGCGCGCGCUGCGUGUGGUGCGCGGCGUGCGCGCGCCCCGCCGCGCGCCUGCGCUGCCGCACGUGCGCGCGCCCGCACCAUGCCGCCUGCCUGCCCGCCGCGCCGCCCGACCACCGGAGUGACUGGCCACAGAUUUGCUCUUCGUGCCUCAAAUGCAAGAGUUGUGAUAGCAACCGCGUAAACAAAUUUGUUGGCAGCUUACCAUUUUGCCGACCCUGCUUUAAACUUCGACAAAAAGGAAACUAUUGCCCUCUCUGUCAGGCGUGUUAUAGAGACAAUGAUUUUGAUAGUAAGAUGAUGGAAUGUGGAUGGUGCGGGAGGUGGGUCCAUGCUAGCUGCGAAGGGUUAUCUGGAGAAGGUUACCAAUUGUUAUCAGCUUUACCACCGUCUAUUGAAUAUAUUUGCUGCAAGUGUAUGCCUGAUGAUCCUCCGUGGAGAAAAAUGAUAACUGAACAUCUAAAAGGCAGACUUCUACAUCUACUAAAACUACUUGCAAAAAAUAAAAAAGCUUGCGCAUUACUUAAGUUAACACCACACAAGAAUACACCUGUGCCUAAUAAGCCAUUCCGAUUAAUGUCACCUCAGGCAAUACGAAAACUUCAUUUUGAUAAUAAUGAUGAAGCCAUGAAAAAUACAACUGAAACUAAAGUCUACAGAAAUACUGCGAGAGGUCGGCGAAAUAACAACUCUGUUCAAAACAAAUUUGAUGAUCCCAAUAAUUCUCAAAUAUGGCAUUGUUCAUCUUUAUUGUCUGAUGUAGAAAUGGAAAAGGAAGAAAUACCUCAUACCUCUCACAAGGUUGUAAAUCUUCAAGAGCCAUUGAUGCAAAAUAAAGAGAUAUGUUUUUCAACUGGUCUUUAUAACAACAAGACAGAUUUUAAUGCUCCUUGUGUAGAGGUUCAUGAAAACUACCCUCCACAGACUAAAGCAGAGAAAGCAACUACCAUGUUGCCAAUGACUAUACAUGAUGAAAAAUAUGAACCUAUAUCGGAUGACGAUGAACCAAUAAAAACAUUCCCCCAAGCCCGAAGUGAACAAGAUCUUAGUCCAGCCAUAAUAAGGCAACCUAAUUUGUCACUUGAGGACAGUCUUGAAGACUUAAAUCGACUUAUCUCACCAUCACUUCUUGAUAUAAAGAAAAGAGUGAACAGUGAUGAGUAUAUUUCACUUAAAGAUUUUAACCAUGACAUGAAAGAUGUUAUCGAAAGAAUAUCAAGCAUUGAUCUUAAAACUAUAUAUAAAGAUCUAUUCUCAGAGACAUUUCCCUGGUUUGAUUGCGAGAAUAAUUGCCUACAACCUAAUUUGGAAGUUGAAGGUGAACAAGAAGACUCAGAUUCUGUCAAAGAUUUGGAAAUGGCCGACACCAAAGGUAUAAAAACUACAACGCAUGUGGAAAAGCCUCAUGAUCAAAUAGUACCAAAACUUGAAUCUGAAGGUGAAAAGGAAGAAGAAGAAUUGCUUGAAUUUUAUCCCAUGGUCGAUUCUAGAAUUUGCGUUCUUUGCAAAACUACGGGCGAUGGACUACCAUCUAUGGAAGGCCGACUGCUUUAUUGUGGUCAAAAUGAUUGGAUUCACGCUAACUGUGCUUUAUGGUCUGCAGAAGUUUUUGAAGAAAUCGAUGGAUCACUGCAAAAUGUUCAUUCAGCAAUAUCUAGAGGAAAGAUGAUUAAAUGCGCAGAAUGUGAAGUUAAAGGCGCGAGUGUCGGAUGUUGUGCCAAAAAUUGUAGCGAAACAUAUCAUUAUGCCUGCGCGCGUAAAGCUACUUGCGCAUUUAUGGAUGACAAAAGAGUCUUCUGCCCGACUCAUGGAAAGGAUGUUCCCAAAAAGAGCUUGCAAAAGGAUGCAGACUUUGAAUUAACAAGGCCGGUAUAUGUAGAGCUUGAUAAGAAAAAGAAACGAUACAGUGAAAUUAACAAGGUCCAAUUUCUUAUGGGCUCUUUGACUGUGCAUAGUCUUGGGAAGAUUGUGCCCUCUGUUUCCGACUAUGACGAAUUUUUGAUGCCUGUAGAUUUUUCUUGUAGUCGGCUAUUUUGGUCCUGUAAAAAACCAUCAAAAAUUGUCAGAUAUACAAUAAAAACAAAGUUAAUAUUAGCCGAGCCAAUGCCUGGAUUCGAUUUCGGCGUAAAUAUCACUGUAGAUCACACCAUGGAUGUACAAGUGGUAGAGCGAGUAAUGGCUGAAAUCGGGGCCUGGCAUGAAAGCAUAGAAACCGGAUCUAGUAAGACUGUCCUCAUGUUUAAAAAUGAUAAAUCACCAAUCAAAUUUGGAAAUACUGUAACAUUGGAAGAUUUAGCUGUUAAACAAGUUGUUGAACAUCUCCUUGACAAUGUUUGCAAACAAGAACAGCAAGAUGAAGAAGAGCCUCAAAAUACAGCUGAUCUUCUUCCUCCAGAAGUAAAAGAUGCAAUAUUCGAGGAUUUAAAUCACGACUUAUUAGAUGGCAUAUCCAUGCAAGACAUAUUUCCUAAAUUAAUGUCUUAUGAAGAUCUAGUUGCAAUGGACUUAAAAAAUGAGUUUAUUGGAGCUAUAAGCCAGUCUGAUGAUAAAUCAGAUUCACGUUCCAGUGAUUUUAUUGAUGAACUUUUUAAUGCUCGUUUGGAAUCAGGGAAUAAAGAAUUGAAGAGAAGUAAAUCAGAGAUGUUGUUACAAAAUCAUAAUCUAAAGUCAUUAACAACUGGCAGAGGACAACAACGGUCAACGAGUUUGACUUGGAAUAAUAAAUUUGACACCAGCUUACUGUCAUCUACUAUAAAAAGGUGUAAAAUGGGAAAAUCAUCAACAAUUACUGGAAAAUUAAGUCCAAUUCAGAGAUUGACUGAAAAUUCUUUGGAGUCAAUAAAAGAGAUUGAGAGGACCAGUACAGAUAAGAAAUCGAAAUUGGAGACAACUACUAGCAAUGAUGUUUGUAAUGAAGCACCUCACACAUCGGGUCUUAAUUAUUGUACAACUUCGCCUAAACAGAAGGAAGAGUCGAAUGCAGAAAAUAAAAAUGAUAAAACUGAAGGAUAUUAUCCCGACGUCAUAGAUUUCUACACGAAAAUACAUUGUAGCCCGAUUUCGCAAUUAGAUGGUGCUGCCGAUUGGUCAGGAUCCGAAAGCAACUGCAGUUCACGUCCUAGUAGCCCUCAAGAUGACUUUACUCCCAUUCAACAGCUAGAUGGAGCAGAAGAUAGUCAUCCAGGAAAUGAUAAUGGACUAAAAAACCAAACGAACCAAUUUCUAUACAGAGCGAGUGGAACAGAGAGUACUUAUACAGUAACUAUUGCAGGAAAUUCUAUAAGUGGACAGCCGGAAUUAGUGAUGCGACCUCUAGAUGAGAGUUCCACUGUUCCAGGACAAAUGGAGCAGCUAGUAAGAUGUGACCGAUGCCAAUGCACGUAUAGAAAUAAGGAAUCUUAUGAUAGACAUAUGCCAUCUUGCGAUAUGAUGUCUACUAGUGAAAGUGAAAGCGAGAAUCCUAAAUCUCCUGAGAAUAGGACAUUAACAACUCUUCAAAAUGCUUUCCAGGGAGCUUUUGCGCAGCCAAUGAUAAUACAUGCAGGAGUUGUCAGUGGCACUGAGAACACAGUGAAAGCGGAAGGUAUAUCUGCCAGGAGAACGUCGAUUAAUACACGGCAAAUUACAAUAAAUGGCACAAUAGUAGAAACGCCUUCGCCGGGACCAACUAACGAAAUGACAAUGACAAUUACGGAACAAAUGAAGUCGGGUACCGUAAUAUUUGAUCAGAGUAAAACUACAAACGUGCAAGUGUCUGCAAAUCAACAAGUUUUAUCGUCACCGCAAAUCGUUGUAACACCGCAGAUGCUGCUCCCUCCUAAGACUAGUUCGGCGGCGGGACAGAAGAUAAUGGGUCCUCAAAUAAUCACGCAACCUGGGUUAAUACCGUAUAAUAUUUGCGUGAAACCAGGAAAUGGAAAUGCUAAUAUACAACAAAUUCAAGGAAAUGAUAUGACUCAACUGCUAUCUGGUUCAGGUGGGAUACAAGUGUUGACGUCUAAUUCUAAUCAGGUAUUGACAAUUCCUUCCAAUCAAGGUAUUACAUCUAUGAUUCAAGGCAAAAAUCAAGUUGCGAAUUUCCCCAAUAUGGCAAGUGCAUCUUCCAUCGCACUGCCGGUAAAUUCGAUACAAGGUAUGCCAAAUACGUCAAUCAUUCAAAAUAUUCAACCAAUGAUUCGACCGCAAAUUCAAGGAAACCCUACAAUUGUCGUGCCUGCAAUGACUGCUCAACGACUUUCCUCGCCUAAUUCUCAAAACAAACAGCAAAUUAUACUUCCUAAUACACCGCAAAAGUCGCCAAAGAAACAACCAGCGCCUGUUCAUCCAAAGCCUAUAUUUCAAGCUACUAAUAGAGGCAGGGGAAGGCCGAUGCCUAAGCCAACGACAAUAAAGAGACAUACUAAGUUAGAAAAGACAUUCACAACAAUUAAUCAGUCUCCUCUUGGACAUGGAAAUACUGUUAUACAAUUACAAACUAACAACCAAACUGGCCAGCCGUCUAUCAUAGUACAACCAGUAGCUAACCAAAAUAUUAUGUCAGCUUAUGUAGAAGCUUUAUCACAACAGCAGAAUCAAAAUAUGCAAUAUAUUGCAACUAUUGCUCCUCAAGGGGAUUUUAAAACCGGACCGACACAGUUUAUUUCUCAAAGCGGCCUCGUACCACAAACAUUCCAAAUACAACAAACCGAAUCUGGCGGUUUAGUGGCAGUACCUAGUGGAGGCAUACCCGUGCUACUGCCACAAGGCAACGUCGGAAUUUUACCCCAAGCGUUACAACAAGGCGCUACGAUAUUACCUCAAGGAACUAUUCAAACUCAGGGAAUAAUUUCACAAGGUCCUAAUGGGCCCACUAUUCUGCCACAAGCGAUACAUACUCAAAAUGGCACAACUAUAAUACCACAAGGAACUAUUCAAGGUCUAACACCUGGUAACAUAACAUCUCAAACGGCAACUGUCGUCCCACAGAGUGGAAUUGGUAAUGGACAAACUACCAUUAUACCUAAUGCACUACAAUCUCAAGGUAAUACUUUGAUAUCCUCUGCGCCAGGAACAACUAUACUACCUCAAGGAACUAUAUUGCCACAAUUUUGUAAUGAUCAGGUAUUGUUAGGUUCCACACCUACCUUAGAAAUGGUUACUGAUCCAUCAGGUUGUAUGUAUUUGACAACCACGCAACCAGUAUACUAUGGCUUAGAAACAAUAGUACAAAAUACCGUAAUGUCAUCACAGCAAUUCGUCUCUACAGCAAUGCAAGGCGUGCUCGCGCAAAAUAGUAGUUUCUCAGCAACAACGACGCAAGUGUUCCAAGCGAGUAAAAUAGAGCCAAUCGUUGAAGUACCUACCGGUUAUGUUGUAGUUAAUAAUGUAGGUGAAGCCGUAGCCGUUUCAUCAUCACCUAACGUGGUAACAGCACAGUCAGUACAAUCAUCCCCUGUUCUGAAGAAUAUCAAGACCUCAGUUCCAAAUUUGACAUUGCAACCACUACCAGAUAAAUUAGGCAAUAAUAACCGUCAAACUCCUAAAGUUAUACAAAUGAGUCCCUCUCCACUGACGGUCGGAUCUCAAGCUGGUAAUAUCAUAACUGCAAAACCUAAUAUAAAUCCAAUAACAUCUCAGAUUCAUACUAUGACAUUGUCAAAUACAUCUCAAAAUAUUCAAAGAGUGAAUAUGUCUAAACCGAAUAACGUUUCGAUGUCCCCAAAUGUUACUCUCAUAUCAUCAACAGGACAGCCAGUAAUGGCCAUUUCACAAUCAAUUCCUAAUACAGCUAAUUCAUUCACAAUGCAAUCGCUUCCUCUGUCACAACCUAUUGUCUCAAGCUCAAUAGCACCAUCGAAUAAAAAUGGGUCAAUGAAGAUUGAGAACUCGCACGUAAUUGAAAUUAGUGGUAAUCUACACGAAAGUCCGAAUUCCUCUAGCUUACCUACUAUUAGUGUAACGCAAAGUAUGAAGUCACCGACUCCGUGGAGACUACCUGAAAACAAGGCGGAUUUACAUAAUAUGGGGAUGAAGACUAAUGCUACGCAAAAUUCUUCCAUUCAAAAUAGUAUGAUUACUGGAAGACAAAUUUCGCAUAAUGAACCUGGAAAAGAUAACCAAAGUUGUCUCUUAUCUAUGAAUACGGGAAAUUCAAUGACAAGUAAUAUGCACUCUCAACAGUUCGAGUCAAACAUAAACGCUAGUCAUCACUCUGCACAUUCUACUUCUAACAAUGUCAUACAAAUAACUGCUGGAAAUAUAUAUACACCUUCAUCAUCUAUGAAUAGCAAUUUUGAUGCAGAUACAACAUUAAAACUCAGUAAAAUUAAUGCUCUUUCAAAGACAGAGGGAGGACAUCUUAACUUCUCGCAGGAAAUAAUGGCAUCACACUCACAACAACAUGCUCAAAAUGAUAAAAGCUUCCAAAAUAUGGGACCAAGUGAUAAUAAACAAAAUAAUGAUAACAUGCAAAAUCAAAUAAACAUACAUAAGUUGAGCAGUUGCCAAGUUGCGGGAAACAUGAAUAAUUCUCCCUCAAUUAGUAUUAUCCCACCGAAUAUGAUACGUCCACAAAUGCAAAAUAAUCAAAAUUCUAUAAAUAUGCCUAACAAUCAGAAUCAAAUGUGCUCCAUUUCUAACAGUUCUUCACAUGGUCAAAUACAACUUAUGAAUUCUGUGAACACGUCGAUGCAAAAUAUUAAUAUGUCAUGCCAUGAGAUAAUAAAUAAUCGGGUAAAUAUGUCAGUUACAAGUGAAAACAAUCAACAACAUGAUAUGGUUAAUACAUCUAUAAGUACACCAAACAUGACACAUGGUAACAUGCAAAUGAUGUCUCAUGACAAUAGUCAACUUUCAUCUUCUAAUCAAAUUCACAUUAUGAAUGGACAGAUUCAACAUAACCGGCAUAUUGAUAAUAGCAACCAAAUGCAGCAAAUAAAUCAGGGAACUUCCAACAGACAAUUCCAUGAUAAUCUUAUUAACGGCCAACAAAGUCAUAAUCAAAACAAUAUGCUUUCGAAUAGAAGUACCCCAGAUAAUAGCAAUAUAAUGAAUCAAAAUAUGAAUUUGCACAACAUGAAUAAUCAUUCAAUGAAUCGAGGUGAUCUUAGCGAUUUGAACCACAUGCAUGUUAAUCAAUCUUUGUCUAACAUGAGUAACAUGCAAAAUAAUAGAAUGAUUAUGGAUAAUAUGCAAUCACAUACAAUGAAUAGUAGCAAUCAUCAAAUUCACUCAAAUAAUCGAUCUAUGGAAUCUUUACAUAAUCAGCAAAUGCACUCUAUGCAACAAAUGAAUCAUCAUAUGUCUGCUAAUAAUAAUCGUUCUCAAAUGGAUAAUAAUAUGCAUAUGAAUCAACAAAUGUCAAUACAACAAAAUAGGCAAAUGGACAAUGUUGUUCACCAUCAUCAACAUCAAAUGUCAAAUAUAAUGCAGUUACAGAAUAAUCGUCAGCAUAUUGACAAUAACUUAUUGGGUAUGCAUCAACAUGUAUCGAAUCAGAUGCAUAACCGGCAGCAAAUGGAUAACACUAUGCAUAUGCACCAUAUGACUAGUAAUAACGUCAAUAUGGGUCUCGGAAAUCAGAUAGACAAUUCAGGCGUCAUGUCGAACAUCCACAGUAAUAGACACGAUAAUAAUUCUAUGGGAAUGCAAAAUUUAAGCUCUAUGAACCAAAUGCAAAGUAAUAGAAAUUCGUUAGAGCAUAAUAAUCUCAUGCAACAUCAAAUGAAUAAUAUGAAUUCGAUGAACAGUAUGAAUAUGCAUAAUAAUUUAAAUAACUCCAUGCAAAUGACAAAUCCUAGUCAUCAAUCUAUAAGUAAUCCUAUUAUGCAUAUGCCUAAUAUCCCUGAUAUUAAAAAUGAAAUUCAAAAUUCAUGCAGUGGAAGCUGUUCAAAUACCAGUAAUCAGUUUAAUAACAAUCAAUCAUUUGAAAUGUGUACAAAUAUGAAUUCCAAUAAUAAUAUGAACUUGAGUAACGCUUCAAACCUUAUGCAUGGUAUAAACAUGAAUAACAGUAAUAUGUCGAAUAAUAUGAUGAUGAAUAACGUAAGUAAUAAUUCAAUUUACGGAGGAAAUAACCAAAAUAAUAUCCCAGGACAUGAUAUUUUAAUGAGUUGUAAUAAUUCAGGAGAUCAUAAUGUAACAAAUAUUAUGUCAAGCAAUACAACUCACAUGAUGAUCAACAACUCACAGUCUCAUACAAACAGUAAUCAGAAUCAGAUUUUAAGCAGUCAAGUCCCAAAUAAUUCUCAAAUAAAUAUAAAUAGUUGUAGCUUAAACGCUAAUAGUUCAAGCCAAUCACAGAUGACUAACAUGGAUAACCAACUCAAUAGAACUAACAUGACUGUAAAUGAUCAGAAUAAAUUUGUACAAGAAUCAGUAAGAAGCAAGAAUGUAAUGGGACCACCAGCUACACCUAAUAUCACCAAUAUACCAAGUGCCGAUUGUGCGAAAGCUAAUAUUGUGGGUAAUAAUGAACAAAAACAGAAUCACACAAUUUCAGUUAGUAAUCAAAUAGGAUUUAUGCAAAUGAAUUCACAAAACAAUAAUAGGGUGAUCAAUCUUCCUGAAAGAAAUAGGCUAAAUAAUACGAAUAUCGAUAAUAAUAUGAGUCAACACAUGUCGCAACAACAUAAUAUACGUGUUGUAACAAAUAAUAGCAAUAAUAAUGUUCCCGGUAUUCCUAGUGAUUCUUUAACAUAUCAACAGAAAAGCGAAAGCAGUACAAUGAUCAAUGUUCCUUUCCAAGCAAUACCUAACAGUGCACCGAUGAAUAUAAAUGUCAAUUCUAGUAAUAACACUGUAAACAUAACAGUACAAAAUAACUUAGUUGAUCCCAAGAUCGCUUCCAAAGCAGCUGCUGACUUAAACUUUCCUCUACAAACAAGCUCAAAUCUAAUACAAAAUCAAAAUAAUGCUAAUAAUAUGAUCUGUAUACCAGUGCAAAAUAGCACAAUAAACUUACCAACCCAAAAUAGUUCCAGUAUAACUCUUCCUAAAGCACCACCUACUCAACAGUCUGGUAUACCAACUAAUGUUGUUAACCCAAUGUCAAUGCGGCCAAUGAAUAGAGUCUUGCCUUUACAUAGGGAUGGCCAGAGUAAGGCAUCAAAGACAACAGGCACUAAGACACCUACAGCACCUAAACAUAGGCCAGUAAGUCAUGAUAUGCCAGAUUUAAAUGUAAAAGAAGAAACCGUUGACAGCGAUCUUGAGAAGGCGAUCGAAGAAUCUAAAAGAAUGAUGGAAUUAGAGAAAGCAAAAAGAGAGAAAGAGGAACGAGAUUCAGCACGGGCUAUACAAUUAUCAAAUGAAUUGCAACAACCAAAUACGAGCUCCGCAUCGUCUUCAAUUCCUGCGGUUCGUAACACCGAACCCAUUGAAAGUAUUCCCAAGAUGACAUCACUACCUAGUUUAGAUAUAAUACCAGAAACACCAAAAGUGUUAAUUGAGAAAGAUACUAAUAAGGCACCUGUGACCGCAAAGUUAGCAACUACAACUACCAGAGUUUUAAAACGACCUCUCGUAGAGAAAAAAUCUGAUACAGAAACAGUGGUCAUGAAAAAACAAAAUAAAGUACUAAAAGGCCAAGAGAAUAGAUUAUCACAGCCUAAACCUGCUCCUGAACCCCCAAAAGAUGAUGGGCCAAAGCUCAUAUACGAAGUGUCUUCAGAUGACGGAUUUAACUAUUCUUCAUCAUCUUUAACUGAUCUUUGGGCUAAGGUGAUAGAGUCGGUUCAGAACGCAAGGAAACAAUCUGGAUUACCGCUUAUUCAAUACAAUUUGCCAUCUGCUUUAUCUGGAGCUCACUUAUUAGGUCUUAAUAAUAAUGCCUUAAGAUAUCUUAUUGAACAAUUACCAGGCGCAAACCGGUGCUCAAAAUAUAAAAUACGUCAAGGACGCCCACUUAAUAGUUGGGAUAAUGAUUUGGACUUAAGUGAGGGUUUUAAAGAGAGCCCUUGGGGAAGUGCACGGACAGGACCUAUCGCUAGAAAACAAAAUCACGAUAUGUUUAGCUGGAUGGCUUCUCCUUUCAGAGAAGAACCACCACCGUUCGGCGGUCAAGAAGGAGAAAGUUCUAUAUCAAGGCGUUUAGCAACACUACCCCCGGCGAUGAGAUUCAGACAGUUAAAAGAAACUUCAAAAGUGUCUGUCGGCGUCUAUCGAUCACAUAUUCAUGGACGUGGCUUAUUCUGUAAACGAGAUAUUGAAGAAGGUGAUAUGGUAAUAGAAUAUGCCGGCGAAGUAAUACGCGCCGUUUUAGCGGACCAGCGAGAGAAGAAAUACGAGGCGAUGAGUGGAAGACGCGGCGUGGGCGGUUGCUACAUGUUCCGCAUUGACGACAACCUGGUGGUCGAUGCCACGCUUAAAGGAAACGCUGCAAGAUUUAUCAAUCAUUCUUGCGACCCUAACUGCUACUCCCGCGUCGUUGAUAUCCACGGCCACAAACACAUACUCAUAUUUGCUCUGCGCCGUAUCACUGUCGGUGAAGAACUCACUUACGACUACAAAUUCCCAUUCGAAGAAGUCAAGAUACCCUGCACGUGUGGCGCCAAGAAGUGUCGCAAAUACUUAAAU